AUGAAGAAAGUCGCAAAAUCGAACAUACUUCUUGACAGAUUGCACAAAGGUGUCGUGCUUACCUGCAUUGGUAUUACUUUGUACGGUGUGGGGCAUCUUGGUUUGAGAUGGUAUCGAUACUUCACGGUGCUGCGGCCAGAAGCGAAGCAGAGAGAAUUACUCGACCAGCAGAAACUCUUAACAGAAGGAAGUUCAAAUAUUGAUCUAUUAACGGACAGUGCAAAAACAAUUGCACCUUAAUGAAGUACGUCCAUUUGAUUUGUAGUUACAUAUGCACAUGUGAAUAGUAGUAAUUUAAUAAACAAUUGUAUAACCUA